UUUGGCGGUUGGACACGAGGUCCGAGUGAGUCAGAAAUAAUGCUGGAUUCCGGCGAAGAUUUCAUGCCUAGCUCAUAAGUGUCGAUUGUAAUCCAUUGACAUGACUUCCAUUGAAAUAUCUAACCGUGGGCUAUGGCACAUUAUAACAGGACGAUCUUCCCUGCAAGAUCCUGAUCAGAUAGGAGAAGAACUUAAACAGAAAAAAGAUCGUUUACUGCAGGGGACUGCUUAUUACAAAGAGCCAAGCCCUCAGUCUGCUGAAGCUCUCCGAAAGUCCCAAAAUGUGAAACCAAAACGAAAGGAAUUUGUUUUGAAACUGAGUAAAUUUUUGAAUCUUGAUGAAUGGAGGAGUUUACAGUUGUUUGGCAGUUAUUUGGAGAAUGAUUUUAGAGGCUCUAAACAACUGCUCUUGGAAAUGUUGAAAAAUGAAGCUCAAACUGAGGGACUUAUGCUAAAGAUCAUGGAGUACUACUUUGAAGAACGUCUGCACAUCUUGCAGUGCACUAAGUUUUUGUUAAGUUACUGGCAAGAUCCUAGACAUCCUUAUAGAGAAGAAUUUGCAGAGUGCAUUGAAGCUAUGCAGGAAAAUGAUGUGUUGAUUAUGAAGAUUUUGGAACAGUAUAAGACUAGUUGUUCGACCACAGUUCCUCUUCAUGCCACAGUAGGAUCAUCACUUCAUCUGAAGACAAAAUGUCAAAGAUGGGCUUUACAGUUUUUGAGAGAACAGAUACUGCUUCUGGAGAUCAUGCUCCUCUAUUAUAAAGAAUUUGUUGUUCCAGCCAAGUCUUUGGCAAACCUGGCAAAACUAUUUCAGAGCCAGAGUUUUGGAUUAAAACAAAUCAACAGACAACUGUUUGAAGGACAGGCUGAGGCCUUACUUCCUCACAUCAGUUACCUCCAGGUGUUGGUUCUUAUAGUUUCACUUGAUUUAGAGAGUUUAAGGAAAUUAAUUCAAGAGGACAGCUGUUCACAGCAUCAUUUACUCCAGGAGAAAGACUCACUUGAGGAACUGGAUAGGUUUUUUCUUAGCUGGGGAGAUCAGCCACACCAUGGACCUGUCAUGUUGGCCUGGGCAGUGUUCAGAUAUGUUACAAUGGAAGCAACUCAAGAACAGUUUGUCAGAAGAAUUGGAAGUAAAGCAUUGCAGUGUUCUGUGUUCAAAUAUAUACUUGGGAUGUUAAGAAGUGAGGAAUUCUCCAGAAGUAAUGUUGUGUCAAACACCUGCAAGAGCCUUAUAUAUGGAUUGAUGGUGAUAGUGUUGACACUUUUCGAUGAGGAUACACUAGGAAAACUUCAGCUACUGGUUUCUGUUUUAUCUCAAGCCCUCGCUGAGAAAGGUCUUUGUGUGGAUUUCUGGGAUUCGGACUUGAACACUGGUGCUGGUCUCCUUUUAAACUCAGCCAGGAGUUGGUUUCCACUCCAAUUUUGUCCAUUUCUGCAACUUCUGAAAUCUUUAGCUGGUGAUAAGGAUUCUGCGGCCAAGGUUUAUGAUUAUAUGGACAAUGUGACAUCAUACACAGAGUUACUGAGAGAGAACCAGCUGAGUGACAUAGACUGCUCUGGUGUAAAUAAGAUCUGGAGGAUUGUUCAUCCCAGACUCCUCUAUCAGAAUUUGUUCAGUCCAGAUUCCAAAGAACUUGUUAUGCCCACUGGCACACUUGGAAAAGUUGCACCAGUACCUGAAGGACCUGCUAUAAUACAAUGGAGUUAUCGUUAUUCCUGCUGGAAACUCUUUGCAUUGGAAAUUGAUUCAUUCCUUGAAUCUGUGGGAUCUGGAGCAGCUGUGGAUUGUCAGAAUGUCAUUUGUAUUGUGGAGUUAGUCAAUGAAGUCCUACACAAUGACUGGAGCAAGGCUGUUUAUCUCAAGCCACUCACUUCCCGUCUGUAUCUGAUUAUUCAGAGGUGCACGCCAUCACCAAACCCUCCCCAAGAUUUGAUCGCCACAUGUUUGUUAUGCUUAGCAACUGUUGCUUUGAGAGAUCCAGAACAGGUGUGGCAUCAUCUUCAACAAACAGGAUUCCUUCCUCAUUGCACUUCAGUCAAAAUGUCAGAGUUGGACAAAACCAAAGUGGAGUUCCUGGGCACAGCACCUGGAAACUUUGGCGCAAUUCUGAGUACCAAGGAGAGGCUGAUUGGUUAUUACCCUGUGACCAUGUCAACUUUGAAUUUACUUUUGAAGCUGAUUCAUGGAAUGGGUAUUGUUGAGGAAACUGGAAGUCAACCAAUCAGCGUCCUUGACCUCGCUGCAUGUCUAGUUUUUAUUAUGAGAGAGGUGUUCACAGAAUUUUACAAAUGGAGAUUUGGUAGCCUAAGGGACAGAGAAGAAAUUGGGAAGAGAUGCCUUCAGUUGUUCAAUGUUGUUCUUGGCCUUCACUUUAAACAAAAAAUGGCUGAGCCAGCCAGUGACGCAAUGGAAGCAGAAGUCACAGAUUUGCCACGGACUCCAUCAGUGUUGCAGGACACCUUGGUUCUUGGUUUGUUGUUCUCAGAGGCUGGACAGUCACUGCUAAACAUUCUUGGCACAGGGGUGGAUACUGUUGAUAAACUUGUGUCUGUGGGAAGUAGUUCUACAGGUGGAUAUGCCUUGGCCCUUGUUGAACUUAUCAAGCUGGCAUUUUCUGUGCUGAACAGACUCCUGGCCAGAAAAGGAAAGGAUGAUAACAUCUCUCCUUUGGAGGAAGCAUUGACAACUCAAGUGAUUCAUCAACUGAGGGAUAAAGGAGCAAGCUACUCCACAAGUUGGGGUAAUAGCCAACUUGUGACUGUCAUAGCAUCAUAUAUACAUCACAAACUGGACAGUCAGCUGCCAACCCUGGCAACGCUCUUGCUGAAGAGAAUAUGCAUGGUGGCUCCUAUGUCGAUGCAUGCCAGUUUUGGUGCUGAAGCAGUUUCCUUAAGAGACGCUUUUGUGUCGAGAUUAAGGACUCUUUCUGAGGAUAUCAAACUUAAAGCCGUGAUACUGGAGUUUAUCGCCACAGCUGUAGAAACACAACCUGGGCUGAUUGAGCUCUUCCUGGAUUUGACUUACAAGGAUAACAAGGAAUUUGUCAUUGGACAGAAUAGCUGUCUUCAUGCAGUCUUAGACAUUAUAGACCCUGAGAAACAGUCAGGUCACCACAUUCCUCCUGAGCUUGUUUCGGCGGCUUUCUUCUUACUUUACUCCUUGUGGCAUGACAGGAGAGAUGCUGCCCUAAUGGCAGUAAGGAUGAGUCCAAAGUUUUGGGAGAAGUUAACUCGGCCUUUGAUAACAGGAAUAGAAUCAGAUGAAGAUGAGGAUUAUAGAUAUUACAUGGAAAUCAGCUGUUAUGCCAUGCAGAUAAUUGCAUUAGAAGCUUACUAUGUCUCAAGAGGUCAAAUUGAUGACAGUCUGAAGACAUCCAUGAAAACUUUCUGUUCGGAGAACAGAUAUCAGUACUGGGGUCAGUUCCUCAAGUCUUUGGAGCAAUUUGUGGAGGAUGAUCAACACAAAAAAUUUGAGGAAGAGAAACUCAAAAUGCUCAAAGCCUGGAGAACGUAUUUAGUCGUUUGUUCUUCUUUUCAGACUGAGAUAUUUGGUCUAAAUGAUACGCGUCGGAGAAGAUCAAUCUUGGAGGAUACUCUUCAGGCACUCAAGUCUCAGGUCUCCAGAGUUGUAUCUGUAGAGAGUAUAAAUGCCUCUGUUGAACUGACUAGUCUUUAUCUGAUGUUGCUCAAGAAAUGGAAGAGCUGUCUUGAGGAGCUCAAUACAUUGUUCCAGUGCUUGGUGGAUAUCAUUGACACAGCGCACAAGAAUGACGCACAGUUGUUUGUCCAUAUCCGUGUGGCCAUGUUCUCGUCCAUCUCAGUUCUGCUUCAGCACGCCAGGACUGAACACUUAUCUGAGAAGUUACAGAGUAGCCAUGCUCUGGUUCUCUUACCACUGGCUUGUGAACCUCUGGAAUACUUAAGAGGAAGAUUCUCCAGCGAACAGAAGCAACAAGACAGGGUUCUUGAACUGUCCGUGUUUAUCAUCGAUGAGAUUCUGAACAUUCUGCUCGCCAACCCUGGUCAGUGGCUUCCUGUGCUGAGAGAACAUGCGCUCUUUGCGUCUCUGGUUCAGGCCUUGGACAUGUGUAUUAAGAUGCACGAGAAUGUGGAAUUCACCGAGGCCAUUCUUCACUUGUUCCUUUCACUGUCAAGGAUACCAAUGAGUGCUGAAGCCCUGGCUGUAAACAAUAUAUCUCAACCAUUGUGUCUAGGAUUGGCCUCACUGACUUACUCUGUAGAGACGCCACAGGCUUCUCAGCCUAAAUCUGGUCCCCAGUCCCAUGUAUCCACUCACAACUCGGACAAAAGCAGCCAACGAAGCUGGGAUAAAGUGUGGCAGCUUUCCCUUGCUGUCAUGGCGUCUGUGCUGCGUACACUCAGACAUGGUUUUCUAAAAGAAGCGCUAGACUUUGCAGGAGUACACAGAGAGAGACUCGCCGAGGCCCUUGACUCCGUGCAGCGGUCUCAGUCUUCAGACAAUUUGACGGAAGCAGAGGAAGUGACUGCUUUCUUACUGGAACUUGCUCAUUUUUUCCACGAGUGGAGAUUUACUUUGCCAGAUGUGUUGAUAUUACUUCAGGGGCGUAUUGGUGUACUUUGCCAAAGCUGCAUAGCCCUGCUGACUCACCCAAGAUUGCUUGCUCACUUGCUUGAGGUGUCCAAAGGGUCGGCAAGCUCAACAGCCUCGACACCAGAUGUGCAGCUCUCGCUGAGCCAAACUUUCUCCAGAGAAAUGCUCAGAACAUACUCAUAUGCAGAUGACGACUCUUUCAGAAACAGCCCCCUAGUCUCUCAAACCCAGACCCAGUUGUUGAAGGUUCUUUGCAACUCAUUGGCGAUGCUGCGGCAAUUUACACCUGACAUUUGUGGCAUUCUCAUAGAUCAGGGUAUGGAUCUUGAGGAAUUCCCACCGCUGCUUUCUCUCGGGUUCAGUUCCCCCACAGUGGACACUGAGGAGCCUUUGUCGUUUGGUACUCUCUUGGCUUGCCUCGGUAUGGCCCUCUCCAAUCUUGGCCCUGCUGACCUAAAGUCACCCGUUAAGUCACCAGUUAGAACUCUGUCCGAGUCACUACCAAGAUCCCUUCUGAUGUUUACAAUGGAGAAUGCGUUGAUCAUCGCUCUCUCUCAGGCUUGUCGAUACUUGCGGGAUCCUGGACUGGACCCACGGGUCAAACAGUUUCUUAAGAGAGAGCUUGGUAGUGAACUGGGUAACUUUCUUGGAGGUCUUUUUCGUCACUUUGUUAGACGUGGUCUUCCACCGUCACCUGCGGGCACACAGACCAGUCCCAGCAGCGCUGCAAGGAGGACACCGACUAAGGCUCUGGCUUUCACCGAAGCACCUGAACAGAAGUUCUUUAAGCUGGCGGACACUUUUGUGAAGCAAGUUUUAAAAUAAACAUUACAUGCGCGAUCGCACCGUAAAAAGAUCUGAUUUAUAGUCUGAAGCGAAUCUCAAGCUGUGAGUAAUAUGGAGUUACUCCCUAUUUGGUAUCUGAAUGAGAGUAAUUUACAACAGAAGGCAUCUUUGCGCAGCAAACUUAUUACUAAGGUGGGAUUGAUUCAGACAGGUUACCAAAGAAGUUUACAUUUCGAUGACAUGAGUGCAUAAGAAUACACAACCAAAAUCCUCAACGAGGCAACCAAUUGGAAACAAAUGUCUUCGUGGAAUAGGAAUACGACACUCUUCAGAUAGGAUACGUUAAAAAGGGAAAAAAAGAAAAGAUAAAUAUUUCACUCGUUAAAAAAAGUUGUGGUUUUUCACCGUGGGGAUGUAAAGAAAAGGUGAUAUAACAUCAAUUAGUAUAUACUAAAACAGUGGAUAGCGUUGAAGGCGCGCUCUGAUUGGGUAAUCAAACUCCGAAUAUC